AUGGCAACAAGAAGUCAGACACCAACUAGAAGUAAUAAGUCACCAACUAAAAUUACUCAUAAAAAAUCACAAGUACAUGCCGAACCAUUGCAAAAUCAGUCUCAAGUUAUUCCACUUGUUCAAUCUGGAACUGCACAACGUACAUCAUUAAUCGAACAUCAUAAUAUAUCGGAUGCAAAAAAAUCAAUCCGCACUGAGAAUGGUUUUGAAUAUCAAUUGAUACCAGUUGAAAUUCAAAAAGAAGCAGAAAUUGGUCUUGUCAUUGGUCACAUUGAAGGUGAACCUUGGGUUUUUAUUGAUGAAAUUCUACCAAAUGGAAUGAUCGAUAUGCAUGGUAUUCUUACAGAAGGUGAUUAUUUAAUUCAAGCUGGAAUUUAUAGUCUUGCCGACAUUGAUAUUAAAAAAGCAUUAUUACUUAUUGAACGUGCAUAUGAUGAAGGUCGAAAUAGUUUAUCAUUUAUUGCUGCUCGUCAACAAAAGCCAAAUGUUAAAAGCUUACAAGUGAAUCAAUCACAGGAUAAAAAGAAACCAUUCGAGAAAGUAGAUCGUAGAGAAUCAAGAGCACGAUCAUUUGUUGAAUAUGAAAAUGAAGAAGAAGAAGAGCCAGAACCAGAAGCAGGUGAUUCAAAUGAAAAUGACGAUCAGAAUACUACAAAAUUCUAA